UAGGGGCGUCUGAGUCACAUGAUGUACUACGCUGGCUAACGAGCUAACGUGUUAGCUUGGCUUGUCAAAGCCGUAGUCAGGAAUCACGAACAGGACUGAAUCUCCUAACCUAUUGAACAGACAGCCCGUCACAGAGGCGUGAACCUCUCGGAAGGGCAUUGUAGAAAGCCACUUCUUUCCUACUCGCUCUCCUCCAGAUAUCAAGUCAUUAAAACCUUGGCACAAUAAGUCAGUGGGCUUUGGGCGUCCCAUAAAGCCCACCAGGGAAAGCCGGUCCUCCAUCAGUGCAGAGGAAUCGACAGACUCAAGCUGUGGACUGGCAUGGGCAAGAUGGAUAGGCAGUAAUUGGGACAUCCACUUCAGAGGUAAGGUACACGUUGAUUUCGUAAUGACAAGCUGCUGUGCAGAAGAUGUCCACGCUGUCUGUGACUGAUAUCCCAGAUGUUGGUCAUGAUGAGAGUAAGGUGUUUGACGGGGCCUCUGAGCUGCAGCUGGACUGCUUGGCUGAGGAGAGCGGUGGAAACACCACAAUGAAGCCCGGCGGCCUGCUGUCACUGACCGACCUCACCCAGCCAGAUGACUUCCCAGUCGCCUCCCACAAUGGCCCGUCGCUUGCCGACAUGAGCAGCACUCUGCCGGUGGAGCCAAGUGACAUCAAACUGGAUCCGUGUGCAGGUGACGCGUCUGGUAGCGUAGAUGGGCAGCCGGUGAAGAGAAAAAAGGGUCCUGCUCCGAAGAUGCUGGGCAACGAGGUGUGCAGCGUCUGUGGCGACAAGGCUUCUGGUUUCCACUACAACGUGUUGAGCUGCGAGGGCUGCAAGGGAUUCUUCCGCCGCAGCGUCAUCAAAAGCGCCCAGUACUCCUGCAAGAACAAUGGCCGCUGCGAAAUGGACAUGUACAUGCGCCGCAAGUGCCAGCAAUGCCGGCUGCGCAAGUGUCGGGAGGCGGGCAUGCUUGAGCAGUGCGUGCUUUCUGAGGAACAAAUCCGGUUAAAAAAGCUGAAAAAGCAGCAGGAGGAGGAAACUGCACGCACUUCCACAGUGGUCACACCGACCCCUCUGCAGGAAGCACCCACUCUCGACCCACAGCAGCAGGAGAUGAUCGAGAAGCUGGUGGCCAUGCAGAAACAAUGCAACAAGAGGUCUUUCCUUGACCGACCAAAAGUUACGCCUUGGCCCCAGAGUCAAGACUUGCAAAACCGAGAAGUGCGACAGCAGAGGUUCGCCCACUUUACAGAGCUCGCAAUAAUGUCCGUUCAAGAGAUUGUGGAUUUUGCAAAGCAGCUUCCUGGCUUCCUGGAGUUGACAAGAGAAGACCAGAUCGCUCUACUAAAAACCUCCACCAUUGAGAUUAUGCUGUUAGAGACAUCCCGGCGAUACAAUCCAGCCAUUGACAGCAUUACUUUUCUGAAGGAUUUCAGCUAUAAUAAGGAUGAUUUUGCCAAAGCAGGGCUUCAGUUUGAGUUCAUUAACCCCAUAUUCGAGUUUUCAAAAGGAAUGAACGACCUGCACCUCGAUGAGGCCGAAUACGCUCUGCUCAUUGCUAUCAACAUCUUUUCUGCAGAUCGGCCAAAUGUGCAGGAUCACGAUCUUGUAGAGAGGCUGCAGCAGCCCUAUGUGGACGCUCUGCGCUCUUACAUCAUGAUAAAGAGACCAAAUGAUCACCUGAUGUUCCCCCGUAUGCUGAUGAAACUGGUGAGCCUUCGCACAUUGAGCAGUGUCCACUCAGAGCAGGUUUUUGCUCUCCGCCUCCAGGACAAAAAGCUUCCCCCGCUGCUGUCUGAAAUCUGGGAUGUCAAUGAGUGACUGUGGUCCAGGUGUCUCACUUCGUGGCUUAUGGACCCUGAGAGGGACAUGGCUUCUAUGAAAAGACCGCCAACUCCUCUCUUCUCCUGUGGUCAGGGACUGGAUAUUGCCUUGAGAUUUUUGUUUUACCCUGAAGGGAGUAGAGUGCUCUAACCCUUUGCUCCCUAAAAGACUGUUAAGCAGCAUUGUGUGCAGUGGAGGAAACUUGCACACAAACAUUUCUUUUUUUUUUUCUUCAUUGUAGAUGCUCACAUGAUUAUGGUUAAGUUUAGGCGUUAAGGGUUUUGAGACACUUUUCUUUGAUUCAGUCUUUGCUGAAAGUUAAAGUCGGUCACUUUCGUGGUUCUGUACCUUUCUUCUACUAAUUAAAAUCAGGAAGCACUGAGCAGGUCUUGGCUGUUACUGUCUUAAAAAUUGCAAUGUCUCAUUAAGAGGAAAAGAUUAUUUCUGCAGCUGU